UGUUCAUUUGUGUUGGAAGCAGGCGGAUCACGGAUGUGUCUGUAAGCUUUUAAUUAAGGUUUUGCCUGCUUUUUGUUGCCGUGUGAGGAAUCCUAACUGGAUAUAAUAAUCCUGUGGAUACUGAGACACAUUAAUACAGACAGAUCUACUGUCAUUAACCAUCCGGUGUUUCUUCUGCUUUGGAAUUGUCCACUAAGGAGACAUUAAGAGAGGGCAUGUGGACCCAGGAGAGAAAGAGUCUCUAUCUCCAGCACGACUCCCUGUGAACCAGCCUCCACACUAAAAAGCAGAGAAGCAUUUACUGCCGUAACCGGUAGGAUGGUAGCAGGGGAAGUGAGUGGGCACAGCUUCCUGGUGGCUUGCUGGCAGCCCAUUCUGAUCUUAAUGCUGGGCACAGUGCUGUCUGGCUCUACCACAGGCUGCCCGUCGCGCUGCGAGUGUAACCCACAGGAGCGCUCGGUCAUGUGCCACCGCAAGAAGCUAAUGUCCGUUCCAGAGGGAAUCCCGUCAGAAACACAACUUUUGGACCUCAGCAAGAAUCGAAUCAAAACCAUCAACCCUGAUGAGUUCUCUACCUUCCCAAACCUGAAAGAACUGGAGCUCAGUGAAAACACGAUCUCCACCAUUGAGCCCGGAGCGUUUAACAAUCUCUACAGCCUGCAGACUCUGGGACUUCGCAGCAACAAGUUGAAGCUCAUCCAGUUGGGUGUGUUCACAGGCCUCAGUAACCUAACAAAGCUGGACAUCAGUGAAAAUAAGAUUGUUAUUCUGCUGGACUACAUGUUCCAGGACCUCUAUAACCUGCGCUCACUGGAGGUGGGCGAUAACGACCUUGUCUUUAUAUCCCAUCGGGCGUUUCAUGGCCUCAGCAGCUUGGAGCAGCUCACGCUAGAAAAGUGCAACCUGACCUCUGUCCCGACAGAGGCCUUCACACACCUGCACAGCUUGGUUACUCUGCGUUUACGAAACCUCAACAUCAACAGCAUCAAAGACUACAGCUUCAAGCGACUAUACCGUCUCAAAGUGCUAGAGAUCUCCAACUGGCCCUACCUGGAUACAAUGACCACCAACUGCUUGUACGGAUUGAACCUCACAUCUCUAACGAUCACCAAUGCAAACCUGACGUCAAUUCCGUAUUUGGCUUUGCGACACCUGGUUUAUCUUCGGUUCCUCAACAUGUCCUACAACCCCAUCCAGAUGAUUGAAGGCAACCGGCUUCAUGACCUGCUCAGGUUGCAGGAGUUGUACCUGGUGGGCGGUCGACUGACAAUGAUCGAGCCGUAUUCUUUCAGAGGACUCAACUACCUGAAAAUUCUGAAUGUGUCCAGCAAUGCCCUGACCACCCUGGAAGAGUCCGUAUUCCAUUCGGUGGGAAACCUGGAGACUCUUGCAUUGUACGAUAACCCACUGGCGUGCGAUUGCCGGCUACUUUGGGUCUUCCGACGUCGUUGGCGACUCAACUUCAACCGCCAGCAGCCCACGUGCUCCUCGCCUGAGUUUGUUCAGGGUAAAGAGUUUAAAGAUUUCCCCGAUGUCCUUCAACCUAAUUACUUCACAUGUCGCAAGUCAAGGAUUCGAGAACGGAAGCCGCAGCAGAAGUUCGUUGACGAAGGUACCACCAUACACUUUGUGUGCCAAGCAGAUGGAGACCCAACGCCCAUCAUCAUGUGGCUAUCCCCGCAGAAACAGUUUAUCACCACCAAAACUAUAGGUCGGCUUACCGUUUUCCCCGACGGAACUCUGGAGGUGCGCUACGCUCAGAUUCAGGACAACGGGACGUACGUGUGCAUUGCUAGUAACGCUGGUGGAAAUGAUACCGCUUUGGCCCACCUUCACGUCCACAGCUACUCCCCAGAUUGGCCCAAUCAACCCAACAAAACCUUGGCGUUCAUCUCCAAUCAACCGAAUGAUAAUGGAUCCAAUGGAACGAGAGCAACAGUCCCAUUUCCAUUUGAUAUAAAGACGCUAAUUAUCGCCACCACCAUGGGAUUCAUUUCCUUUUUGGGUGUCGUUCUGUUCUGCCUGGUUCUGCUCUUCCUCUGGAGUAGAGGCAAAGGCAACAGCAAACACAACAUUGAAAUAGAGUACGUCCCACGUAAAUCAGAUGCUGGGAUGAGCAGCAGUGGUGCUGAUGCCCCUCGGAAAUUUAACAUGAAAAUGAUAUAAUCCAGCCAGGGUGCUCAAAGGACCCUUUCAAAAACAGACUUAUAAAGACAGAAACAAAAGAAUCCCUGCCUGAAGAACCUCUGGCUCUGGAGAGAGCUCCCCAUAGAGGAAGCGUGUUUUCCCUCUCUCGACUCAAAAGACGGAUGUGCGGCAGAGGGGCCCGUGCUUUUGUUCAGUAUUGAACAUAAGAGAGGGAAACAUUUUCCCUCAUGCGCACUCCUCUGUGAUGGCCGCUUAAACUCCGCCUACGGGGACCAAUAUCUUGAAAGGAUUUUGUUUGAAAGCACUUAAGUACCUGUGGAUUUUUAUGGGCAAAAAUAUGAAAAAACAAAUGGAACCUCCAAAAUGUGUUGUGUCGACCUUCAGAAUGCAAAGGCAGAGCAUCCUUCUCCCUGCUGCCUGCAUCCUCUUUGUUUGUUUGUUUGUUUGUUUAUUCGUUUAACCCAUUUGUUUUGUUUUUUACUAAAGCAAAUAGUUUUAUGACAGAAAACUGUAGAUAAUUCAGGGGUGAAAGCACAUUAACAAAACUAACAGCUGAAUUUGCCCAACAUCUUAUAGAUUACGUCAAACCGCACAACGUGGAUUAUAAUAGAUUCUGUUGGUUACUAUUCCUGCCAUAUAUUUCCAGAAAAGUUUAUAGCACAACUUCAUGGAACAUUUCUUUCUUUGUACCUGUACUCGGCUGUUUCUUUUUACUUUAUAUUGGGAUUUCUGUUUUAGAUGUAUUUGUUGAGUAAUUGAGGAGAUUUCAUUAAAGGAACAUCAAAGCUUUGUAGUAACACCUGGAUAACCAGGUACAGGUUGUUUAUUGUUGAAUAAUGGCAAGGCAAGGGAAAACAGUGGCAAUUAUGUGCAUUUAUGUUUUGUUUUUUUUUGCUUUGAUUUUAUGUAGCCUGCAGUGAGCAUUUCUGUUGUGCCUGGUCAUAUUAUAACCCAUUUACAACAACGCAACUUCGCAUUCUUAUGUAACAUGCCAAUUCCUCCGUUAAAGCUUUGGAUCAACAAGUUUUAUUCCCCCAAAAGCAACACUGAGACUGUCUAACUGUGUUUGAGAGUAUGUGAGUUUUUGACAGAAUCAGUCAUUUCAUAAAAAGGUAAAGGUGUGAAUGUGUUCGACAGCCCAAAACACCCUCACUUGCUACCACUGCUGGGUCUCACACAAUGAGCCACUUUUCCACCAUCGGGCCGAACGGUUCUCGCAGUUGGCGCGGUUAUGGUUUCACUGUGGUGCUUCAAUGUACAUAACAGAUACAGUACUUCAUUUGGCGACAGCGUCAGAGGUCAACAUUGGAGCGAGUGCGCUAUGGAGGAUGAUUGCAUAUUCUAGUUUUUAGGACUGCUGUUUCCCCUGGCUUGUUCUCUGUUAAAGCAGAGGAAAGGCACAUCCCCUGUCGAAAAAAGGAAAGCCAAGAGAAAAAGGCGAGAGGUUUAACAUUAUUUGCUGAGGGGUUGUGCAUGCAACCGGACACGAACAUACUUACACGUAAAAGUUCCCAAACUAGCUUAAAAGGACAUUUAUUGACAAAAUAUUAUAUUAGUUUUAAUGAGCUAGCUAGCAUAUUCUACCUCCCUGACAAAGAAGGCGUGUAGAUAAAUGAUAUACUGUACUAGUUAAACCAUUAUCCAAAAAAAUCAGGAAGAUACAUAAAACAUACCAUUUCUUUCAAUUAAAUGUUAUUAACCUCACCAUAGCGAAACAAAUUAUUUACUUUGGCGUUGGCAAAUUGACAAUCGUGAGUCGCCACGUACUAAAGCUAUUCCACCAGCAUGGUUAAGCACGUGCUGAGAAUGGUUUAAAAUUGUGCCGUGCCGAACCAUGGAAAUACUACUGGAACUGUCCCUCACCGUGCUCAGAACCAUUCGGCCUGAUGGUGUAAAAGCAGCUAUGGUCUCAGAUCUGUCUUCUGGAUCUUACACCUCUCUUAUGGUCUCAGAUCUCUUUUUCUUUAUUUUAUGUAAAUUGUUGGUGCCCAAAAAACUGUCUCGGACGUUAUCACGUCAGUUCAAGUUAUCCAGCACAAUUAAGGAGGCAAACGGUGCUGAUUUGGUUUGUUGGUAAUGGCACAAUAUUGAUUGUGUCAGGCAAAUAUUGCUAAGUUGUAAAUAAGGCGCAUGAAUCUAUAAUGAGCCUAAUUUGCAUUGAAAGGAGGUGUGUUCGCGCUGAAAUUUUUUUUUUACUGAAAUUGCAGGUGGUUAGUGAAUAAGACCUGAAAAUACAGCACACAAAAAUGGCGCAACAGUUCACUGAAGUCCAGCUGUGUGUUUAGUGUGUGGUUAAUCUGAUAGUGAUUUCUGUAGAGCUGUUUUAGUGGACUGGAUUUUGCACUAGUGUGGAUGGGUUUCACCUUGCUAAGUGAUUUGUACUGCUGACUGAAGCCACAGAUGGAAGAACUGCACAGAUGGUUUAACCCUUACUGAUCCACUUUAGUAAAUCUGACACACACACUCGCACGCACACUCCUGAAUCUCUCUGAUCCUCUGCCUCUGUGCUCUACCUGCUGUUUCCAUCACAUUAUGUCUAAUAAAUCUUUAUCUGACCGCUGCCCAUUCAGACAUUCAGCCCAGGACAAUAAUGUGCAUUAAUGUGGUCCAUAAUAUUCUUUUAUACUGAUAAAAAAACACUGAUCAAAGAUCUAAGGUGAAAAAUCUAGUAUGAAAAAUGUUUAAAUUGUUCUGUGCAAUAAAAGUAAUAUGCAUUUUCUUUUUGUUUUUUAUUUUUAAUUAACACAAUUUUAUUGAUGUUGAAUUGUUAAAAAUAUGGUAUGUUGUAUUAAACAAUCUA